UAAAGUCUCGGACGACCGGUAGUGGUCGCAAAUUUAAACAGCCAUCACAUCAACAAUACGCGCGGACUUUUACUUCACGGGCUGUGUGGGUUAACUAAUUUAAUGAAAAAUAAGAUACAAUCCUGCUGAAGAUUUCUAUAAGGUGAGGUUUGCAGGUGCAAAGCUGACGGAAGCAGUCCAAGCUGACGACAACAGCAUGGAAGAAGAAAUAAUAACGACCGAGGCGGCAGGUGAAGAUGUGGCGCCCAAUGAUGAAGAGCCUAGUGUAGACAUUUCCAAUGACAGUCCAUCUAAAAGAGGAAGGGGAAGGCCAAAGAAGCUGAAGGUUGUAGUUACCGACGUCAACCUAAUGGUUUCGGACAUUUCUAACGGUGAACCCCCACAGACCCCAAGAGGAAGAGGACGUCCAAAACUCAUUAAACCCACAGAGCAGCAAGGAUCAGGAGACAACAAUGCCGAUGAUUCAGGGUCCCAGAAAGAGGCCAGUGAUGAAGACGACGCUUCACCAGAACAUUCUCCUAAGAAAAGAGGCCGGCCACGUAAGUCUCUCAGCACCCCUGCAAAGGCUGAUACACCGAAGGGAAAUAGGGGUCGACCAAAAGGAUCCACGAAGCGCAAGUCGGAGAGUCCGAGUGAAACGGGCUCUCCCAAUAGGUCCAGGAAGGUGGAGGCAGCAUCAAAUGGCAUCUCAAAGAAGUUGAGGGAAAGCCCCAGAAAAAGUAUUGAACAGGAGAGCGGAGAUGAAAAGAGGGGAAGGGGUAGACCAAAAGGCUCUCCAAACAAGAAACCCCCUGCAUAUAAGGUGCCAGUUAAGGUAGGCCGCGCCAAAAAAGGGAGGAUUGGUCGACCGAGAAAAGAACCGACCACAAGAGGAAGACCAAGAAAAUACCCCCGGCCGACACCAGAGGAGCUGAAUAAGCCACGAGUAUGGAAGCCGCUGGGAAGGCCCAGGAAAUACCCGCGUCCCGACCCUCCUGAGGAGACUUCACCGGCCCCUCCCAGAAACCGUGGCCGACCUCGCAAGACAGAAUCCAAUAAAGGCGCUCACCUACGUAAGAAUUUCCCUGCCUCUUCUUCACCACCUAAACCCUAUGUUGGACCCCCUAGAAAAAGGGGCCGUCCCCCAAAAAGUGAUGCUGAAACCCCACGGAAAUUGGGCCGCCCUAAGGGUUCAAUCAACAAAAAUAAAGCCACAAGUGAUUUAGAAGCCACACUCUCCAACGAGGCAAAUGAAGAACAGACGGUGGAAGAAGAAGUGCAGCAGAGCGCAGAGACGUCCAUCGAGGACAUCACUGAAUAAUCGAUCAGGCGGCCAGCUUUGAAGUCACGAACCAGGCCAGAUGAACAAUCCCGGUCCGACCAAAAAGUUGCUGUAGUACUUGCUGUUUAAAACAUAGAAGACAAACCUGUCAAUGAAUCCUGUUUUAAACAUUUUGUCCGUCGGCUGGGCUAGAUAUUCAGCAGCUCUUGUUUUCUCUAACGUGUCCAUCUUGUUUUAUUGUGCUUGAUUCUUUUUCUUUAUAUUCUUUAUUUCUGUCAUAUGAGUAGUACUAAUAACCUUUUACCAAAACUGGCAUGUUGAGUUUGUUAUUAUAGACUGACAUCCAGUUUUCAUUUAGCUUUCAGAUAGUGUGUGCCAGAUGAAGUGUAACUAUAAAACGGUUGCUGUGGAAAGACUUGGAAGGGAUAAAAAAGUCCAAACUAAUUCUUUUUAUUUUCAUUAAAGAACGGUGAAACUAUAGAGCAAAUGUCCUGACAUUACAUCAGGACGGGCCUCUGUUCAAGUAUAGUGUAACUCGAUACAAUCUGUCUUUUCUGCAUUUUUCUUUUUAUUGAACUUUCUGAAAAAAAUAAUGAGUUCUUGAGGUUCACUUUCCAUAUUGUAGGACAUACUUGUCAGCCACUGUCGUUUCCAUCACUUUCUCAUAUAGUCAUGUAAAUAAAAAGCCUCUUUGAACUGAAA